AUGUACGCGUUCGGAGACUCGUAUAUCGACACGGGCAACACAGGCUCCACCAGCGGCCCAAGUGGCUUCAGCUAUGUAUCGAACCUCCCUUACGGCUGCACAUACUUCCACCACUCCACCAACCGCUACUCCGAUGGCCGCCUCGUCAUCGACUUGAUAGCACAAUCUCUGUCCCUCCCAUACUUGCCUCCUUACAUCUAUCUUAUUAAUAGCAACCAAAAGCCAUCAUUAAUGGGUGUCAACUUUGCUGUUGUUGGUUCUACUGCAAUAAUACAGUUUCUUUGUGAAAAACAACCUCAUACUCAACAUCACUCCUCAAUCCCUUCAAACCUAGCUCACUUGGUUCAACAACUUCUUGGAGUCUCAGGGGUGUAG